GGAUGCAGCCUUACUCCUCAGUGAAUAUUGGCGACUUAUUUCGUUUUCUGAUUUUUGGAUAACCCCCCCCCCCCCACACACACACACACACUUUGGUGAGAUGUAAUCGAUUUUAAAGUUGAAGUUGAAGCAAUCCUCAAGGAUGUUCGAAGUCAAGGCGGCGUCGCAUUAAGUUUCCGAGCCCUCUGCUGUCUCCAGCAUGAGGCUGUGGGGCAGAGCAACAGCUGCCCGGAGGAGGAUGCUCUGCCUCUGGCUGCUGCUCCUCGGGUUCGCCCUUCUUACUCUGGCGCUGUCAGACCUCUUGCACCGCGACACAAGUCGCGGUCCUCAUCAGUACGCCGCGCCCCCUCGCCGUCCCCUGCAGCGGGUCCCCAGGGCGCCGGACCUGGAGGUCAUCGUGGAAUCCCGGGACCCUGCCUUAGAGCUCGGCGUCGACCUCUCCCCUCUGAAAUCUCUGCAAGAAGACCAGCUUUUAUUCGUGCCGUCCACUCCGGGCACCAGGAACCCGUCGCAGAAGAAGGGUAGCUACAAGGUGCUCCUGCCUGGAACGAAUAAGGACAGAGCCGCGCCGGCGCCUCCGACGCACGGCGAAAUGGGCAAAGCAGUGCGGCUGCACUCGGAAGGUUUGGAUCGGGACACCGAGCUGGCUGCAACGAUGAAGUACGGGUUCAACGAGGUGGUGAGCGAGAGGAUUUCACUGCACCGCAGGCUGCCCGAGGCGCGCCAUCCUGGGUGUUUUGGGGAGCAGUACAGCGAGUCGCUUCCGUCGGCGAGUGUCGUUGUGUGUUUCCAUGACGAAGCUUGGUCCACGCUCCUGCGCACCGUGCACAGCGUCCUGCGCACUGCACCCAAACGGCACCUGCUUGAGGUCCUGCUGGUGGACGACCUGAGCCAGCACGGUCACCUGAAGAGUGUGCUGAGUGAAUAUGUGUCCCACCUGGACGGGGUGCGUUUGAUUCGCAGCACCAGGCGCCUGGGCGUCGGGGGGUGCCGUACUCUGGGUGCUGCCAGGGCUGCAGGGGAGGUGCUGGUCUUCAUGGACUCUCACUGUGAAUGCCACACAGGCUGGCUGGAACCGCUGCUGGAGAGAGUAGCCCAGGACAGGACCAGAGUGGUGUCCCCCAUCAUGGACGUGAUAGACUGGCGGACUUUCCAGUACAAUGCCACCCAGUGGCCGGUCAGAGGCGUGUUUGACUGGAAACUAGACUUCUACUGGGAAUCCAACUUUCCGCUGCAGGACAAGGACCCGGACUCAGCAGUGCAACCUUUACGGACUCCAGCAUUAGGAGGUGGAGUUGUGGCCAUCGACAGACAGUUCUUCCAAAGGAUGGGAGCCUAUGACCCGGGGAUGCUUUUGUGGGGGGCAGAACAAAUUGAGCUGUCAAUCAGGGUGUGGUCAUGCGGGGGCUCCAUGGAGGUGGUCCCCUGCUCACGUGUGGCCCACCUCGAGCGCCACCACCUGCCGUACCGCCUCCCAGACCAGGAGCUGCUUCAGAGGAACAAGAUCCGCAUUGCUGACACCUGGAUGGACGCGUACAGGAAGAUUUUCUACAGGAGAGACACACUGGCCCAUUUCAUCAGGCAGUCAGAGAGCCCUAACAUCGCAGAGCGUGUGCGGCUGAAGAGGAAUCUCGGCUGUAGGAACUUUUACUGGUACCUGACUGUUGUUUAUCCACAACUCUACGUCCCCCAGGACAGACCUGCACUGUCUGGCGAGCUGUAUAACGUCGGCACCGGCAGUUGUGCAGACUACCCUCGAGGACAGGGGCCACAAGGCGGUCCCAUGAAAACAGCCCCGUGCAGCGGGACCGGCAGCCAGCACUGUGAUCUGAACUCUGAGGGGGAAGUGCGAUGGGGUCCCGUGGGGGCUCUGUGUUUGGACGCCGAGGGAGAGAGGGCGGUCCUCUCCCCCUGCCCCGCCCACAGGCCGACCACCGUCGGACUCCGGUGGAAGUUCAUAAAGCUGAGUGGGCAACUCAUCCACCAACCGUCUCAGUUAUGUCUGGAGGCUGUGAAGGAAGGAGGGCUCCCGCAGAGCGGCCCAAAGGAGGUCAACAACCACACCAGCACAGGAGGUCUCCUCCUACGCCCAUGCACCCAUCACCCCGGACAACAGUGGCACUUUGAGCAGCUGGUGGCCCCUAAAGGUGCCUAAUACAGAAAGCACGGAAGGACUGGUGGAUUCACAAGAUGUGACUCACACAGGCACAUAUUAUCAUAUAUUUACUAUGCAUAGUGGCAUACAGUAUGCCCUUAGUGAAAUGGCGUAGAAGAAUAUGUACAACUCUACCAAAAUUUUUUUAUGCAUCGUCUCCCGAGAGUUGUGUUGCGACAGUUGCAAGAGAAAUUGUUUCCGUAAUGAAGCUUUAACCCCAACACCACCAGGGCAUGUUUCCUCUCUGUUUAUCUUCAUGUGAUUUUUAUGAGCAAUUGGACACAAGUUACAAAUUUAAAAUAAGAAGAGAAAAGGCAACAAUAGGUCUUAUUUCCUGAACGGUUCCUCGGCUGUUGAAAACCUGCUGGAAAUGAAUUCUGAAAAAGAAAGACUCAUAUCUUCAGGGAGCCACACGUAUAGUUUUAGGAUCCAGUUCUUAGCCAUGAUGUUUGCCUCCGAUUACAGGGGAUUUCAAUGCUAAAACACAGAGGGACAUUUCAGACAAAAGCGUUUUUCUUUAUUUGUGGCAACAGUUGGUGGAUUAAGUCUUUUCCUGUUCCUACACAGUAACGCCCCUUGUAGACAAAGUGAGGGCCAUGAUCUGCACAGAUCUCAACCAUCACUGACUCUCGUGUGGCUUAAAUUAAAAGCUGCCAAAGCUUUCAUCCCAGAGGAGUCGAGGCUGUUACAGCUGCACCACACAGGGAGUAAAAUGUUCAGGUGUCCACAUACAGUUACAGGACACUGACAGAGAUGUCAAGCAAGGACUCCGACGCAGUCCUGAGAGGAGGUUGAAUCAGACGGAAAAAAAUAAAUUAGAAAAAGCGAGAGUGAUUGGUGACCUAAAAUAUUUGAUCCUUUUUCAGUGUGUUUGGUGUCUUCACAGUCUUUCACCGUGUUUGUUAAGUUUCUGACCAAAAAAAGGGCUUUCAUACCGUAUCUGCUGUCAACAGCAGAGGGAGCCAUCUGCUUUUAUAAUCAACAACCCCAACGGGAUCCCUUUGUUAACUUCUCUACACAAGCACCCUCCCCUACCAUAAUGCACUUACGAUGAGAAUUGCCACAAAGUUGUUCUUGUGUGUUCGUUAUGUGGAGCAAAUACGACGAUGCUUCACAGUAGACCUGCCAUGUGGCGGUGAUGUCCUGAUACACCUGAGAGGAGUGGCUGCUGUCUGAUCGACUACCAAAAAAACAGAGUCACAUGUUUUUGUGUAAAUACAAAAGCGGAGGUAUGAUUUGAGCCAUUGAUCUAACGGUUAGGACGGCAGAUGGAAGGGAGGCAGGGCCCUGAGCCUGUCCUCUGUAACUCCCGCCUGGCCCCCCGGGCACCGAGUGCUAAUAACCGCCUAUACUCUGUCACACAGCAAUGCCCCUCUUAACCCACGGUGCACUUAGCCCAGUCAAGUACACGGCACCUUUUCAAUAAGAACCAGUCAUAUGUCUGACGCUCCGAGGCAUAGGUCAAUGACAACAUGUUGUCGAUUAGCGUGUUUUUCUUCCCGGGGUUACAUCACCACCGCGGCUUCUGGGCUGCAUGUCAAGGAAGAGCAACAUCUCUCCGCUGUGGGUCUUCAGCGGACAACGAGAGGUCACGGAGUCACUGCAAAAGCCGGAUUUCAGGGCCAACCCACGUCUGCCCAGAAGGUAACAGAUUGCAGGGGCAAACUGUGAGCAUGAGACAAGACGCAAGUCAGCCUCGUUUUAUCUGAUGUAUACUCGAUGACUUUUACCAGCUCAUGAGAACGGAUUAUGAAUAGGAUUUUGGACUUAUGGGCAUGUGUCAGCGGCCCACAGGAAAAAUAUUAUAUUUCUUACUGUUUAGCGUUUUUACAACACUUUAAGACAUUUUCAGAUACAUUUUCAGUGAUAUAAGUAAGUCUUCAUAAAGAUGAGAGAGCGUGUGUGGAGCCCGAUAAUGUAAUGAAAAUCUCCACGUAACUCCGCCAAAAAUGUACAGUACUAAAACCUGAUAAUGUAAUAACUUCCCAAUAAUGUAAUAAAAUGUCUUCACCAAUAAUGUAAACAUAU